GACUAUCCCCCCCCCCCCCGCCGUCCCCCUUCCCCCGCUUCCUACUUGCAGCACCUUGCGGGGACUUGGAAAAGGCUUCCACGACGUUUCUUGGUGUCCAUUUUACAUUCUGUCGCAGGAAGAAGAGGUUCCGUUUCAAAGAGGACUUCUGGAGUUUUCUUUGUCAGAAUCGUUCUUUCAAGAAAACCACCUAGACGUUGGGAGUGAAGUGGACCGUCAUUCAUGUAAGCCAGUAAUCAUGAAAUUUGGCAAAACUUACACCGAGUUCAUCGAGAAGGAGGCCAGCGUUCAACUGGCAGGCUGUUCUUACGUUGAGUUUAAAAAGUUGAAGAAAGUGCUCAAGAAAUGUACAAUGCAUGACACUGCCAACUCCGGCGACGAUGUUGAUACUUUGACCUUCUCUUGUGGCGAUUCACACUCUUGCACCGGGAAUCCACGACCCAACUCAACAGCAGGUCUGAAGGUCAUUGCAUGCAUCCAGACUAAGAAAAAGCAAAGAAAAGGCCCGCCUGUUUCGGCGUUGACAAAUGGAGUGUGUCCUACGUCUUGCCCUGGUUGUGAUGCAAAAUUUUUUGGGAUCCUGAUGGAGGAGUUGGCGGAGGUGGUGGGAUGCUUCAAUACCCGUGCGGAGCAAUUGGUCAAGCUGCACAGGGCAUCAGGAUUGAAAAAGUAUUUGUUGGGACGGAAACGCAACAAUCGUAAAGCCAUGAUUCAGGAGGGCCAGCUUCUCAUUAGUUAUGCCUCAAUGAAUGCGAUCGCUGUUAGAAAAAUCUUGAAAAAAUAUGACAAGGUUCACAAAUCGAGAGAAGGGGGUAUAUUAAAAAGUCGUUUAAUGGCAAUGCGAAGCGAGCUUUUGAAGUCACCUUAUUUAGUUGAAUUGGGAGCGCUGCAUCUGAACCUUGCUGAUGCUAAGGAGGACACCUCGUCAGUAGCAGAUCUGGUUGGAGAAUUUUCGUGCAACUUUGACAGCUCAUCACCGACCCUUUCCUGCACGCUCGUGGAUUCUGCAACGCUGGACUUCGACCUUUCAUGCCCCAUAUGCCUUGACACAUUGUUUGAACCAGUAGCUCUAGGGUGUGGCCAUCUAUUCUGCAACAAUUGUGCAUGCACUGCUGCCAAAGUGUUGGGACAUGAAGGUCCUCGGGCCGCUCGUUGUGAUGCACAAUGCGCCAUUUGCCGGCAGCCCGGAGUUUAUCCUGAUGCGGUUAAACUAAAGGAGCUCUCUACUCUGAUAAAGAACAGGGCUUCUGAAUAUUGGCUGGAGCGAUUCCACCAGGAACGGAAACAGCAGCUGAAGCUUACAAAGGAGUUUUACGACCAGCAACUGGAAAUACUGCUGGGCAUGCGGGACUCAAUGAUGAGCUUGCAUUAGCGAAACCAUCACCAUAGUCUGGUAUUACGGCAGUGGGGAGUUUUAUGUAAUAGUCACCACCAAGUAGUAUGUGGAGGAUCAUAAAUUACAAGAAACCAGCAAUUCACUUCAGAUCAACUUUUUAGUGGGGUCUCUCGCCCUUAUCAAAUUAGGGUUUGGGUGCACAAAGUCGCUAGAAUUGAGUUUCUUUUUUGACUUAGAAUUUUCUGCACUUGAACGAAAAUUGAUAGUUUGUAGCAUUGCUCUGCUUGUUUUUAGAAGUGUAUAGGAUCCCUGACAUAAUCGACCAAGAUCGACGAGAUCAUAUAUGAAAGUGCACCUCUUCAUUACACGGUUACACACCAUGUUUUUCCCCA